ACAAAUAUAAUCAACUUCAACAAGCUUUCCUGUCUCGAGCAGAAAAUGAAUAAGUUGUUGAAGACCGUUUUUCUUGUGUCCAUGCUAAUAAUGGCGUUGGCAAUUACUAUGCCAACAAGAGUAGAAUCUUUCGAAACCAAUAAUGAGAAUGAUGGGGAACCAAAUUCUGUGAGAGGAACAAGCCGGUUCUUGUCUCAGAGAAGCAGCAAGGCAAGUCUGACAUGUGAGAGAAACCCAAAGGUUUGCUAUAGCAUAAGAGGGAGUGGAGGUCCUAAUUGCUGCAACAACAAGUGUGUCGACUUCAACACAGAUGAAUUGAACUGCGGAAAGUGUGGGAAGAAAUGUGGAUAUUCCAAGAUAUGCUGUGAAGGUAAGUGCAUCAAUCCAAAGACUAAUGAGAAGCACUGUGGCAAAUGCGGCAACAAGUGCAAUUCCAAAGGCUCUUGUGUCUAUGGCUUGUGCAGCUAUGCUUAGAACUUUACAACAGAAUCGGAAUAAUUAAUGUCUCCUUUAAUUCCAAAGGCUCUUUGAAUUGUAACAUUAUUGCAAUUCUUUAAUUGUACGAAAAAUGUAAUGUCUCCUUUAAUUUAUUGUUUGUUGCUGUUAAUAAGUACAACUUGUAAUUUGUUUAUCAAAUAAAUGAAUGCAUCUACUCCAUUGUUUUUUAA